AGCCAAGAGCAAAUCGGAUAGCUGCCCUCAUGCCUUCCCGGCCACUGGGGGACUUUCCCAAUCGGCACUAAGUUGGCUGGCUCUUUGGGCCGACUUCAUCCGCUUCAACUCGUCUGAGCUGUCGCAUACUCCUACCUACAAACCCAAACCAGGCCAACCGCACCUUUUGUACAAAAAAAAUAUCCGCAUGAAAUCUUCAGCCCCCUAAGUGGCUGGGAGCAGAAUCGCAGCCAUGGCGGACCUCGAAGCGGCCAAAAUCAACCAUGAUAAUCACUUGCUUCUUGAUCAACCGUGCUUGCGACUGCCAUACGAACUCCUACGCAAGAACUUCCGCUCCGUUCAUUAUCCCUUCGAGUGGGACUCGACCUCGGUCAAGAACGUCGUCAAAGAAACAGCCAACGGACUGAUCAGCGGGAAGGCUACACCGCAAGAUGCCGUCAAGAACCUGGAUCAGAUGCUGGUCAAGAUGCGUGGCCUAAAGCGCAAGCUGACGGCCGCUGCCGAGGAAGAGGACCGCCUGUAUCGCCAAAUGAGCUCUCGUGUUACUCACCUACACGAGCUCGCCGAUUUGAACACGGUCGACGACGUUCGGUACGAGGCCUGGUCCCGCCAACGUCUUGACCGCCUCUUGGUUGACUACAUGCUCCGGCACGGCUACGAUUCAUCCGCAAUGGCGCUGGCCGACGAGCGGAAAAUGCGGGACCUCGUCGACAUUGACACAUUCGUGGCCAUGAGCAAGAUCCGCAAGUCCCUCGAGGGCGGCAGCGUCCAGGAAGCACUCACGUGGUGCAACGAGAACAAGAAGGAGCUCCGCAAGAUGCAGUCCAACCUUGAGUUUUUGCUACGAUGCCAGCAGUACAUAGAAAUGAUGCGCACCGAUUCUCCAAUCAAGAUGGCCGAGGCUAUUCACCACGCGAAGAAGUACAUCACCCCCUUCACCGACACCUACCCGGUUGAGAUAAGCAACAUGGCUGGCCUUCUCGCCUACCGCCCGGAGACCAUAUCCGAACCCUAUGCCUCCCUCUAUAGCGCCUCCCGCUGGCAGCGACUCGCCGAUACAUUUGUCGAGGCCCACCUCAAACUCCUCGGCCUACCAAUGACUCCCCUCUUACACAUCGCCCUCUCAUCGGGCCUGUCCGCUCUCAAGACCCCCGCUUGCCACAGCACCCAGCUGCAGGUACCAAGUCAGCCCGAAGAAUCCCAACCCGUCAACGGGACUGCGACCACCACGGCCGCCGCCGACUCCAGUGACACUCCCACCGCCGUCCCACACCACCACCACGGCACGGCCUCGCUCACAACGCGCGUCUGCCCAAUCUGCUCGACCGAGCUCAACGCCCUCGCCCGCAGCGUGCGCUACGCCCACCACGGCAAGAGCCGCCUUCUCGAGCAGGAUCUGGUGCUGCUGCCGAACGGCAGGGUCUACGGGAAGGCCCGCCUCGAAGAAUACGCGGCGAAAUCGGGCCUGCCCGCGGGUCAAAUUAAGGAUUUGGUUACCGGGGAGGUGUUUUCGGGGGAGGAGGGGAGGAAGGUUUUCGUUACUUGACGAGGAGCAUGGGCAUUUUUAUGCGGAGGGUACGUUCGGGCGGGGCGACAAGGGCGUGGGUGCAUUAUCGGCGUUGAAUUUGGCUGCCUCUUUGGAUUGCUUUAUACGGUAGCGGACACGGGCUCGGGCGGCAGACAGUAUGGGCAUGGUGGGCAUGGAUUGGGUACGGCGGCGUACACGAGUUUCUAUCUCCGCUCCGGUUGGUUUGAAUGUGACGAGCGAGGACGUAGGCAAACAGGGCCAGCAGUUAGUACCCAGAUAGGUACCAGAGAAACACGAGCGAUGAAUGAGUCCUCUAAAGGUUGAACGAGGCCGAUCUCCUGAUAGCAGUACUCCCGGGUACACCUAGGCAUGACGGGUAC